CUUAACCCUGGCAGCCAAGGUUUCAGCCCGGCUAGAGCAAAGCCGGGAACCGGACCCGGCCGGCCAUUAUUUUGCUCCAAGUUUAAAAUUCAACACUGCAAAGUAUUCCUGAUGGAAUCCUGGAUAACGCUGAUGUUUCAAGCGAAGAAAGACACAAAGUACAGAAUUAAUGUUUACAAAGAUCUGAAACCUCAGAUCCAAUUCUGAUGAUUUCUGACUGAUGAUGUUAUAACAGUGUCCAGAAGUUCAACAUCACAUUUUUGACUGAACAUACUCCAGUUAUCACCAUCACCAUGGAUACCCGGAAAGAUGAAACUGCUCAGACUAAAAGACCCACAGCCUCUGGGGAAUCCCAGUGCCAAAAUGAAGAUAAAGGGGCCAAAAACAAAGUAGUUGAGAUGAUUGAAGGGACCAUGAAAGAAGUGUCAGAGUCACCUUCAUCUGGCCCAGGUAGGCUAAAGAAAACUGCAAUGAAACUCUUUGGCGGAAAGAAGGGUAUCUGUACCCUUCCUAAUUUCUUUGGAGGGAGCCGAAGCAAAGGUUCUGGAAAAAGCCACACUAAGAAGGGCCUUAGCCAAAGCAAAACUCAUGUUCGCUUGACUGAAGUAGACGAAGUCCCUGAAGACAUUGUCAGCGAGGGAACAAGCUUAUCCAUCCCUUUGCUUCAGCCACCUUGCCAGCUUCCUAGUUCCUGGAGUACCCACGAGACUUUAGAGGUAGGCUCCAGAAGCAAGAUACCUGUGACUAGAGCUACAGAAAAGGCUGCGGCCAAUAAAGUUUCCUCUGUAUCUAAGCCAAAAAAAGGCCUAAAAGGGUUUUUUAGUAGUAUCCGUCGUCACCGGAAGAGUAAGGUCUCUGGGGCUGGACAAAUUGAGCCAGGUUCCAACGAGUCAUUAGUUAGAGUGAGGCCUCAUGAGCAUGUGAGUUCAGCCCUUCUGAGCCAUGCUGAGGAGUCCUCCCAAGUUCUCAAAAAGGAAAAUGCCAAACUCCAACCAUUUCCUGAGCCAGAAGUUUCUUCAGCACCACAGCCUUCUCUAGCAGCCUCUGAGAAGAGAGUCUAUAAAGAUACAGAAAAACCCAUGGAGGCCUGUGUCUUAGCACUCCUGCAGCCUAAACCUGCCCUUAAAUCUAGUGGCCUAGAGGAACCACAUAGCCCAGAAGCAGGGGAGAAGGUGAUGGCAGGAGAGGUAAAUCCAUCCAGCAGUCCAGCAGGAGACCAGCUGAGCCUUAUAUUUGGUGAUGUCACAUCUCUGAAAAGCUUUGACUCACUGACAGGUUGUGGUGACAUCAUAGCAGAGCAGGACAUGGACAGUAUGACAGACAGCAUGGCUUCUGGAGGCCAGAGGGCCAACCGGGAUGGGACCAAGCGAAGUUCCUGCCUGGUGACAUACCAAGGUGGUGGGGAGGAGAUGGCCUUGCCAGAUGAUGAUGAUGAGGAGGAAGAGGAAUUAGAAUUAGAGAUUGAGGAAGAAGUCAAGGAAGAGGAUGAUGACUUAGAAUAUGUGUGGGCAAGUACUCAGAUGUAUUCAAGGUCCAAUUUGAACCUGGACUAUCAUUCCACUACAUUCCCAAGGCAUCCUGGUUACAUGGUCCAUGACCCAGUUCAGUUUUAUCCUGACCUAGUCCCUGGGGAUCUUUUGACACCUCAGAGUGACCAGCAAGAUUCUGCACCCAAUAGUGAUGAGGGUUAUUAUGACUCUACCACACCUGGAUUUGAAGAUGAUUCUGGUGAGGCUUUAGGACUUGUCCACAGAGAUUGCCUGCCCCGAGACAGCUAUAGUGGAGAUGCCCUUUAUGAGUUCUAUGAGCCAGAUAAUAGUCUUGAGAAUUCUCCAUCUGGGGAUGACUGUAUUUAUGACCUCCAUGGUCAUAGUUCUGAAAUAUUUGACCCCUUCUUCACUUUUGAGCCCUUUUCUUCAUCACGGCCACCUGGUGCAAUGGAGACAGAAGAAGAAAGGCUAUUAACCAUUCAGAAACAGUUGUUAUAUUGGGAGCUUCAGCGGGAGAAGCUUGAGGCCCAAGAGGUGUGGGAAGCACAUGCUGGAGAGGUUCUCACCAACGAAGCCUAUACCCAAGAAACUCAUGCCAGGGGGCCCCAUUCCCGAGAAUUGCAUACUCUUGAAGCUUACGUCAGAAAGUCCCAAGUCCAGGAGGCCUAUGACAGGAAGGGCUCUGCUAGAAAUGGACAUAUUCAGGAUGCUCAGGUACAAGAGAUCCAAGUCUGGCAAGAGAAGCCCGUUGAGUAUCAGGCAAGACAUUUUGGUUCAUCAGUGAUGGGUCUGGUGGUUGCAGCAUCCGGAGCCUCGCAGAGUACCCACAGGGGGACCACCUCUGCUUUCCCUGCCACUGGCAGCAGUGAGCCUGACUGGAGGGACUUUCGUCCUCUGGAAAAGCGUUUUGAGGGAAACUGCUCCAAAAAAGAUCAAAGUACCUGCCUCAUGCAGCUUUUUCAGAGUGAUUCUAUGUUUGAACCAGACAUGCAAGAAGAAAAUUUUAGAGGGUCUCCCAGGAGAGCCUACCCUACAUAUUCACCUGCUGAGGAACCAGACGAUGAGGAAGUUGAGAAGGAAGGAAGUGCUACUGUGAGUUUCUCACAGGCCCUUGUGGAGUUUACCAGCAAUGGAAAUCUCUUCUCCAGCAUGUCCUGCAGCUCUGACUCUGACUCAUCCUUCACUCAAAACCUCCCUGAGCUGCCUCCCAUGGUGACCUUUGACAUUGCUGAUGUUGAACGGGAUGGGGAAGGCAAGUGUGAAGAGAAUCCUGAGUUUCACAAUGAUGAGGACCUUGCAGCAUCCUUGGAAGCUUUUGAGCUGGGAUACUAUCAGAAACAUACUUUUAACAAUUACAGCAGCAGCCGUUUCUACCAAGGCCUGCCCUGGGGUGUGAGUAGUCUUCCUCGAUACUUGGGACUACAUGGCAUGCAUCCUAGACCUCCACCUGCUGCCAUGGCCCUCAAUAGAAGGAGCCGUUCACUUGAAACUGCAGAGACUCUGAAGCUAGAGUUGUCUAAUUCCCACCUGGCCCAGAGUUAUAUGGAGUCUGAUGCACUUCAGGCUCAGCACGAAGAUUCAGAUGAAGAAGAAGAGGAAGACUGGGGUCGAGAUAGUCCUUUAUCCCUCUAUACUGAACCCCCAGGGGCCUAUGACUGGCCUACCUUGGCUCACUGUUCUCUAGCAAUGGGGCCAGGAUCUGCUUCAAUAAGUCCCAACCAGUUGAAUAGAUCUACCAGCCAGUUUUCAUAUAGGCAGGGAACCUGUUCUGUGUCUCCUCUGGCCUCAUCAGUGUUGCUAUCAAUACCAGGAUCAGAGCUAAGGGCAUCUGACGAAUCUGGGCUUCAGAUAACUCAUCCUUCGCAUCUACCCGUGCCCAUGGGUUGCUAUAACCUCCAACCACAGGCCUUUCAGAGUACAAGGGCAAGACCACUAAAUGUGCUUCUGCCUGUUGAUGGGUCCAGUUGCUCUUCUCAUUCUGGAGACUACAGUCAUAACCUGCCCCAGACCAAGCCUGUGGGUAUUAAUCGUGGAAUCCCUCAGUUGUCCAGGGUCCAUCCUAAGUCUCUGCAGCCUCAGCCCAUUCACUACAGGGCUUCCAACUUUGAUCUGUCAAAGGAAAGGGCUAACCAAGUUGCCUCUUUCCCCACCACCUAGCUGAGUAAUCAUCAUCUAUUUUAGAGUCGGGGCAUGGGGCCUGAGCAUGGGGAACAGGAGUUGGGCAGAGGGUGGGGGGGUUGCCUUUAACUUGAAAAUACUUUUAGCCAAGGAAAGCUUAUAUGAGUUUUUAACUUUGUUUUCCCAUGUUUCUUCUCUGCUAUCUAUUCUAACACUCACCUCAAGUACAUCUGCCUUGGGAAGCUGCUGCUGCUACUCUGACUUUGCUUUUGGGUUUUCUUCUUGUGACUCAUGUAGGGUUUCAGAUGCUGUAAUUUUGUGCCUCUUCCAGUUCCCAACUUGGUGAUUAUACGUAUAGCAUGUAUCCUUGACAAAGGCUGAAUCCUUAGCACCCUUUGCCAACAAUACCCCACCCUCUCAAUUUAAGGAACCACUGUGCAUCAAGGUCUGUACUGACUCCUAAUUGGGAGCAGGGGUCUUGUUUGCUAUUAGUAAUGUGAAAUUAUGGUACUUAUACUCCCCAAUCUCACAUCUUUCUUCCAUUUGGUUUUGGCAUACCUGAUACAAUUACACCAGGUGACUAUAAUCUAUUUAU